AUGAUCAGAUCUGCACAGCAGGUAGGUUUAAAUAAAAUCACCAAAAAAUGGAAAUAAAAAUGUUUUUUUUAAUUCUUUAAUCAUGAAUGUAGGACACUAGAAAAGUAAACCAUCUAUAAACCUGGAUGUUAAAACACUAGUUAACUGAUUACAGACAGAAAUCAGGGGUAAAGUUAUUCGAGGAAGAUUUAUUUACUUAAUACCAAACUGUAGUGAAUUGAAACCAAAACUGCAAUGUUUAGGACAAUUGUAAAGAAGUUUUAACCCUGUACUCACAGUUUAGAUAUUUUUUGUCUGAAGUUUGCAGUUCAGUUUCAGUUAUUAUUAUUAUUAUUGCCAUUUAUAUAGCGCCAACAGAGUCCGUAGCGCUUUACAGUAUUAUGAGAGGGGGGAUGUAACUAUAAAUAGGACAAUUACAAGAAAACUUACAGGAACAAUAGGUUGAAGCAUUCAUUACAGACUGUAGCAGGUAAAUACGGCUUUUGGGGAGACCAAUCAAGAGAGGGUUACAGUAAUCCAUGCAGGAAAUUACUAGAGCAUGGACCAGCUCCUUGGUAGCAUCUUGUGUAAGGAAGGGGCGGAUGUGGGCGAUGUUUUUGAGUUGGAACCUACAGGAUUUGGAAACAGUUCAUUAUAAACUGUGUUUGCGAAUAGCCCAAACAGUGCCAACAAGCAGUCACAUUACAUAAGGAGAUGAUGGGGUACACAAAGACCCUCUGAUAUUCUGAAUAAGAGGAAAUAAAAGGCUGUUUGCUUGAGGUAGGUUUUAUGAUCUGGUCAGUAAGUACCACUGCUUCCUGUAUCCUUACAGUGAUAGUGAGUCUGCCUAUCUUAAUAAAUAGUUACAAAACUCUUAUCAGAGGACACACUAAAAUAUGACAAGUCUUUAAUAAUGGAUAUACUUUAAAUUACAACCAGGAGUAUUGUUUCAAUAUAAAUUGUCAAAAAUCAACAUUAUAAAAUAAAGAACGUCCACAGUAAUCACACUAUUAUCACAUAUUGUGUUGUAAGUCCAGCGUCAUGUGCUAUGGGAUCCCUUGGACACCUUCACAGCAGGAUAUUUACAGCAGGGGCCCCAAAUAUUCACAGGGAUGUUUCUCUCCUUUGUCCCAUUUGGGAAUUAACAUGGAAAUUCCUAAUUUUAGGACAAAAUAACAACAUUGAUAGUAUUCCAGUGGGGCUAAUUCUCCUUUCUAAAAAAUAAAUUUACUUGAUUUGCUCCUUCUUACCUUCAAAUCAACACUGAGUGAUCUUCUCUAUUUAUAGUGUCAAAGCAUUUCUUAAAGGAACACUAUAGUCACCUAUACAACUUUAGCUUAAUGAAGCGGUUUUAGUGUAUAGAUCAUGCUUCUCAAGUUUCAUUGGUCAAUUCGCUGCCAAUUAGGAGUUAAAUCACUUUGUUUCUGUUUAUGCAGCCCUAGCCACACCUCCCCGGCUCUGAUUGACCCAGCCUGCAUGAAAAAAAACUAGUUUCACUUUCAAUCAGAAGUAAUUUACCUUAAACAAGUAUAUCUCUUGCUCUGUAAAUUGAACUUUAAUCACAGGAGGCUCUUGCAGGGUCUAGCAAGCUAUUAACAUAGCAGGGGAUAAGAAAAUUGAAAUGAAACCACAAUAAACUUGCAAUAAAGGAAAGAUAAACUUUAGAUGACUCUUUACAGGAAGUGUUUAGGAAGUCACAUGCAGAGAGGUGUGACUAGGGCUUAUAAAUAAAGUGAUUAAACUCCUAAAUGGCAGAGAAUUGAGCAGUGAGACUGCAGGGACACAAUUUGUACACCAAAACUGCUUCUCCUUGUGCUUCCUGUUAUCUACCUGCCUUUUCCUGUUAUCCUUUUUCCUCUCCUUGGCAUCCUCCUUUCUCUUCCUGCCAUCGUCCUGGUGUGUCCUCCAGUAAACCAUACUACUGGCAUCUCUUAGUAAUCGUCUGACAUGCACAUGCUGAGUACUGAGAGCUGAAGGAGCCAGGACAUUUUUUUUGUCAUCUCUCUGUCCAAAUACAAUAAAACUCUCUAAAAUAUUUCUAAUUGUAAUUGAAUAAACCUCUGUAGCUAUUUACUGGCACCAGCGUCUUAUAAAAAACAUGUAAAGGCACCUAUUGUAAUGAUGUCAAUAAAGGCCCUGUGUUAUUAAGCAGGGAGUUCGUUUUGUUAAGUAAAUGUAGGCUGUCUGCAUUGUGUACAGUCUGUAAUAAACAGAUGCAUGUUUUUCUCUCCGUGAUAAUAUGUUACUUUCUUUCCACGUGAGGUCAUUGCCAUCGUCAUGGACAUCUUUACAGAUGUGGACAUUCUGAGUGAACUAUUGGAUGCUGCCAGCCGACGCGUUCCUGUUUACAUCAUCCUGGAUGAAAUGAACUCUCAGCACUUUCUAGACAUGGCAUCCAAGUGCCGUGUUAAUCUGAACUACGUGGAGGUGAGUGCAAGCCCCUUGGGAGGAAGGGAUCAAAGGCUAAAUGGAUGGAAUCAGAGGAGACUGACAUACAAGGUGGUGUGAUGGGCUAGUAACAUACCAGGUGGUAUGAUGGGCUAGAACAUACAGGUGGUAUGAUGGGCUAGAACAUACAGGUGGUGUGAUGGGCUAGAACAUACAGGUGGUGUGAUGGGCUAGUAACAGACAGGUGGUGUGAUGGGCUAACAACAUACAGGUGGUGUGAUGGGCUAGUAACAUACCAGGUGGAGUGAUGGGCUUGUAACAUACCAGGUGGAAUGAUGGGCUAGUAACAUACCAGGUGGCAUGAUGGGCUAGUAACAUACCAGGUGGAGUGAUGGGCUAGUAACAUACACGUGGAAUAAUGGGUUAGUAACAUACAGGUGGGAUGAUGGGCUAGAAACAUACAGGUAGUAUGAUGGGCUAGUAACAUACAGGUGGAGUGAUGGGCUAGUAACAUACAGGUGGAGUGAUGGGCUCGUAUCAUACAGGGGGUGUGAUGGGCUAGUAACAUACACAUGGAAUAAUGGGUUAGUAACAUACAGGUGGUGUGAUGGGCUAGUAACAUACAGGUGGAGUGAUGGGCUAGUAACAUACAGGUGGUGUGAUGGGCUAGUAACAUACCAGGUGGUGUGAUGGGCUAGUAACACACCAGGUGGAGUGAUGGGCUAAUAACAUACCAGGUGGAGUGAUGGGCUAGUAACAUACACAUGGAAUAAUAGGUUAGUAACAUACCAGGUGGAGUGAUGGGCUAGUAACAUACCAGGUGGAGUGAUGGGCUAGUACCAUACCAGGUGGAGUGAUGGGCUAGUAACAUACAGGUGGUGUGAUGGGCUAGUAACACACCUGGUGGUGUGAUGGGCUAGUAACAUACACAUGGAAUAAUGGGUUAGUAACAUACCAGGUGGAGUGAUGGGCUAGUAACAUACCAGGUGGAGUGAUGGGCUAGUACCAUACCAGGUGGAGUGAUGGACUAGUAACAUACAGGUGGUGUGAUGGGCUAGUAACACACCUGGUGGUGUGAUGGGCUAGUAACAUACACAUGGAAUAAUGGGUUAGUAACAUACCAGGUGGAGUGAUGGGCUAGUAACAUACCAGGUGGAGUGAUGGGCUAGUAACAUACCAGGUGGAGUGAUGGGCUAGCAUACCAGGUGGAGUGAUGGGCUAGUAACAUACAGGUGGAGUGAUGGGCUAGUAACAUACCAGGUGGAGUGAUGGGCUAGUAACAUACACAUGGAAUAAUGGGCUAGUAACAUACACAUGGAAUAAUGGGCUAGUAACAUACAGGUGGUGUGAUGGGCUAGUAACAUACCAGGUGUGAUGUGUAACAUACAUGGAGUGAUGGGCUAGUAACAUACCAGGUGGUGUGAUGGGCUCGUAACAUACCAGGAGGAGUGAUGGGCUAGUAACAUACACAUGGAAUAAUGGGCUAGUAACAUACCAGGUGGGUGAUGGGCUAGUAACAUACCUGGGGUGUGAUGGGCUAGUAACAUACACUAGUAACAUACCAGGUGGUGUGAUGGGCUAGUAACAUACCAGGUGGUGUGAUGGGCUAGUAACAUACCAGGUGGUGUGAUGGGCUAGUACAGGUGGUGUGAUGGGCUAGUAACAUACCAGGGGGUGUGAUGGGCUAAUAACAUACAGGUGGUGUGAUGGGCUAGUAACAUACCAGGGGGUGUGAUGGGCUAGUAACAGACAGGUGGUGUGAUGGGCUAGUAACAUACCAGGUGGUGUGAUGGGCUAGUAACAUACCAGGUGGUGUGAUGGGCUAGUAACAUACCAGGGGGUGUGAUGGGCUAGUAACAGACAGGUGGUGUGAUGGGCUAGUAACAUACCAGGUGGUGUGAUGGGCUAGUAACAUACAGGUGGUGUGAUGGGCUAGUAACAUACCAGGUGGUGUGAAGGGCUAGUAACAUACCAGGUGGUGUGAUGGGCAGAAUUACUCUCAUGCAGUGUUAAUACUUCACAGUUACUGAUUAACCGUUUAGAGGACGGAGAUCACAUUGCAUAGAUACUGCAAGAAUUGUCUAAAACACAACACUAAUGGUUAUCUCUGGAAGUAAACCGUGCCAAGGUCUUUUAUCUAAUUCGCCGUUAGAUCCAGCUGCAGUGGUCAUAGCAGCAGCUUGCCUUGGAAGAUUUUCCUGAAAUAGUUGUAUUGCCAAACGGGAUUUUCUGGUUUGGGCAGUUAGCAAGUCAGCAAGGACAUGACUGCCCUGUAUUAACCCUUCCAUCUUAAUAUCCUAAUGUCCCAUAUUACAGAUAAGGAUUAUGGCCCACGGGAGAGAAUAAUUGUUUCAUGGCAGAAAGUGACCUAUUUCUGUGAAAUACACGAAUGCUACUAAAUAGCGGAAAAUGGUGGAUUACAGCAUCACACAAACCUUCAAUGUUUCCGCCCUACAUUUAUCUCCUUUAAUAUCAAUUUCCACUAUUUUGAAUGCACACGUUUUUCCAUUUUCAUAUUUACAUUCUCUUUGUAUUUCCAAUCCUUUUCCAGCCAUAUUGUACUUCUGUUCUAGUAGUGCCCAUAUGUGUAACUGACCCCGAGGCUGUCCAAUCAGCUUAAAUAGAUAAAAUAAAUGAGGUCUAGGCACUCAGGAUUGCUGCAGGACAGCAGGUUUAUUGGGGUAAAAAGUGCAACGUUGACCCAGACUACCAGGCCGAUAUAACCCCUAUGCAAUAUGAGUCUCAUAAGUUUAGGUAUUGUUUAGAUAAAUAUAAAGCCUGCACAAUGCGAUACUAUACCUGUCGAAUACCCUUGAUAUAUCAAAUCUCACAGUGUCUAUAUGUACCCAAUUUACUUCCUUGCUUGUUUAUUCUGACUUAAACGCCUCUGUGCAGGCAACCAUAUACGUUAUUUUUAUCAAUUCGGAAAAUGUCUGCCUAUACUUUUUUGCGAUACUAAUAAAUAUAUUCAAAACAAAAAAGUGCAACGUUUGGGCCUACACAGAGGCCUUGAUCAAGCUGAGGAUGAAACAUUGCACUUUUUGUUCCAAUAAACCUGCCUUCCUGCAGCAAUUCCUGAGUGUCUGGACCUAAUUUAUUUUAUCUACUAAACUGGGUUUGGCCAACCCUGGAACUGAUAAUCACUUGGAUUUGGUAAUUCUCACACCCCUUUACACAGUAACUCUCACACCGCUUUACACGGUAACUCUCACACCGCUUUACACGGUUACUCUCUCACACUGCUUUAUACGGUUACUCUCUCACACCGCUUUACACGGUAACUCACACCGCUUUACACGGUAACUCUCUCACACCGCUUUACACGGUAACUCUCUCACACCGCUUUACACGGUAACUCUCACACUGCUUUACAGGGUAACUCUCUCACACCUCUUUACACAGUAACUCUCACACUGCUUUACACGGUAACUCACACCGCUUUACACACUAACUCUCACACCCAUUUACGCGGUAACUCUCUCACACCGCUUUACACGGUAACUCUCUCACACCGCUUUACUCUGUAACUCUCUCACACCGCUUUACUCGGUAACUCUCUCACACCUCUUUACUCGGUAACUCUCUCACACCGCUUUACUCGGUAACUCUCUCACACCGCUUUACUCGGUAACUCUCUCACACCGCUUUACACGGUAACUCUCUCACACCGCUUUACACCGUAACUCUCACACUGCUUUACAGGGUAACUCUCUCACACCUCUUUACACGGUAACUCUCACACCGCUUUACACGGUAACUCACACCGCUUUACACGCUAACUCUCACACCGCUUUACGUGGUAAAUCACACCGUUUUACGUGGUAACUCUCUCACACCGCUUUACUCGGUAACUCUCUCACACUGCUUUACUCUGUAACUCUCUCACACCGCUUUACAUGACAACUCACACUGCUUUACACAGUAACUCUCAUACUGCUUUUCACUGCUUUACGCGGUAACUCUCAUACUGCUUUUCACUGCUUUACACAGUAACUCUCAUACUGCUUUUCACCGCUUUACACAGUAACUCUCAUACUGCUUUUCACCGCUUUACACGGUAACUCUCAUACUGCUUUUCACCGCUUUUUCACGGUAACUCUCAUACUUCUUUUCACCGCUUUACACGGUAACUCUCCUACUGCUUUUCACCGCUUUACACGGUAACUCUCUCACACCUCUUUACUUGGUAACUCUCUCACACCGCUUUACUCGGCAACUCUCUCAAACCGCUUUACACGGUAUCUCACACACUGCUUUUCACCGCUUUAACAUAGAAACAUAGAUUUACACGGUAACUCUCAUACUGCUUUUCACCGCUUUGCACGGUAACUCUCAUACUGCUUUUCACCGCUUUGCACGGUAACUCUCAUACUGCUUUUCACUGCUUUAUACGGUAACUCUCAUACUGCUUUUCACCGCUUUGCACGGUAACUCUCAUACUGCUUUUCACUGCUUUACACGGUAACUCUCAUGCUGGUAUAUGUUGAUCUGUGUUUCAGUUCCUGAGGGUUCGGACAGUAUCUGGCCAGACGUAUUUCUGCCGGACGGGCACCACCUUUAAGGGGAAUCUGCUGGAGAAGUUUCUGUUGGUGGACUGCACAGUAGUACUGAGUGGGACUUACAGGUGUGGCAAUUUUUCUGUCUGCUGUUAUAAUCAUCCCCAGUUCAGGGGUAUUUUAUUAUCUCCCAUGUGAUCUUCCCCUCCUAUGCUGGCUCAUUAUUGGAUAGCGCUCUCUGGGCAAAAGGGCUUUUGGGUAAAUUACAUUCCAUAUUUGAAAUAUUUCCAUUGAUCUCUCCCAAUUACUAAACCUUCCUGUUUUACCCCAGUUAUCAACAUAAAAUCACAGGAAGAGCUCUACUGAAAAAUGGGUAGUAAGUGUGUAGUUUAUAAGGUACAAGGUGCUCUUAAAGGAAGAGAAUCUGUUCCCAUACCAGAUAUAUACAAAAUAAGAAAUGAUCCCAAGGCACACCACGGUUUUGCACAUAAAGAGUAUUUAUUCAUGCAUUGAAAAUACAGCAAGAUAUCAUUAUAGGGGAGAGAAAGUGCAUAGUAUAGUGCUAAACCAGUAUAUAGUACCAAAACCACAAUGUAAGUAAAGUGCUAAAUUUAUACUGACCAAGAGCAGGAGAAAUGAAACCCCAAUGUUUCGGCUGUGAAGCCUUCCUCUUGGGGACCUAAUACGAUAUGAUAAUAUCUUGCUGUAUUUUCUAUGCAUGAAUAAAUACUCUUUUUAUGUGCAAAACCGUGGUGUGCCUUGGGAUCAUUUCUUAUUUUUUAUUACCCCAGUUAUCCCCUGUUCCCAGUGUAGUUUAGCCGAAUCAUUCAGACACAAUCAAUGUGAUAAUUUUAAGUAAGAGGGGUUAUAAAUCUUGAUCUUAUGAUCUUAGCCUCUCUACAUUGUGUCCUACCUAACCUGUCUUUCCAGAAAAACAUGAAUGAAUGUGGUAAUAAGGUUUAAUGUUAAGCAUGAUAUAACACAUUAAACUAUGGGAUCUCUCAGAUUAUAUUAACACGGUGCAUGAUAUAAAACAUUAAAAUACGGGAUCUCUCAGAUUAUAUUAACAUGGUGCAUGAUAUAAAAUAUUAAUUUGAGAGAUCCCAAAAUUUUAUAUUUUUAUCCUGCACCGUGUUAACAUGAUCUGAGAGAUCCCAGAGAUUAAUAUUUUAUAUCCUGCACCGUGUUAAUAUACUCUGAGAGAUCCCAGAUAUUAAUAUUUUAUAUCCUGCACCGUGUUAAUAUAAUCUGAGAGAUCCCAUAGUUUAAUAUUUUUUUAUCAUGCACAGUGUUAAUAUAAUCUGAGAGAUCCCGUAUUUUAAUGUUUUAUAUCAUGCACCGUUGUGACAGAUCCAUCUAAGAUUGCUGGAUUCGUCUGUUUUGCCUUUUUCACAAAUUUACCCGUUCGUAUGCCUUUGUUCAAGGGAAUUGACUUUUCUGCCGAACAAAACUGCCGAACGGACGGCCACCCAGAAGAGAAGUGUGCUGCUGGUUAACCUAUUGAUUCCAAUUAGAACGUUGCGGUUAACCAGAGACACUUCUCAAUUAAAACCGAAUACAGGGUGGUCGUCGUUCGUAUGUUGACCACGAGGCGGCGGCCAUUUUAAACCAUGCGAAAGACCAGUGGUGUUCGGCAUUGAUUUCAUGGAACUGAAAACGGACACUUUUUCAAUCGAACACCGCUGAAGCAGUCGACCUCCCUUCUCCAUCAACAGAAGUGUGCGAACACCGGCCGUUCGGGAGGUUUAAAGGCACGAAUGGACUUACCCCAGAUAGCCUUCCCAUGGAGUCAAUCGCAUACCGAAGAACUGUAAUAGACUUUGACGCCAUGGCGAUUGAACUAUGCGUAUGGGAUCUGAGCGCUAUUCGCCAAUAAUAUGCACUCAGAUCCAGGCUAUCUGGGGAUAUGUGAUAAAAAUGGGUAGCAUUCGACAAAUGUAAAGUUAUCUAUUUUUAUGUGUUUUUAUGUGUUGUAUUUAAAAUGGCGAUUUGCCUCUGUCCUGGAGAUAAUUGAAUUACUUCUCAAUUAUCUCCAGGGCAGAGGGGAGGAAUUACUAUUGCAUGCUGGGAAUAUUUUGUGUCUGUGGGUCCUGAACUGCCAUAUGUCUAUCUGUUGUCACAGUCUCCCAUUUGGUCUCCUAGGGGAGUGUCCACCAAGUGGGAGACCUGCAUAAAUACGGGCAGGUAGCCCACAGUAAAGCCAGUUCUUGUUUUACCCUCAAUGCGGAGCUUGGUCUCGCUAUUGGGGGGAUUUAUUACCGACGAGAGAUCACAGAGAUUAAUAUUGUAUAUCAUGCACCAUGUUAAUAUACUCUGAGAGAUCCCAGGGAUUAAUAUUUUAUAUCAUGCACCGUGUUAAUAUAAUCUGAGAGAUCCCAGGGAUUAAUGUUUUAUAUCAUGCACCGUGUUAAUAUAAUCUGAGAGAUCCCAGAGAUUAAUAUUUUAUAUCCUGCACUGUGUUAAUAUAAUCUGAGAGAUCCCAGAGAUUAAUAUUUUAUAUCCUGCACCAUGUUAAUAUAAUCUGAGAGAUCCCAGGGAUUAAUGUGGUCAUGGAGGUAGUUGUCAGUGCAUUCUUUCACUGCACAUACUGAGAUAAUUGUGUGCUAGUUUUUUAAAUAAAUCCUCCUUCCCUACUUCCACCGUCCCUUCCCUGUCAUGAAUGAGCUAUAGUUGGCGAAUUGGACCAAUCACAGGCUUCACCAUAUAGCGCGACCUAUAUAUUUUCUUUUGUUUGCCCUUUUAUGUGAGGAGUUGAGAGGGAACCUCAUUUUUAUAGGUUGCUGCUUCCUUAUCUGUUUUUCAACUUCUAUUGAUUUUUUAGCGCUGUCCCACUAUCCUGUUUUUUAACAGGCUUCUCUGUGUCUGGACCACGUGUUGGCCCAGUGACUUAAAGAUGGAACGCAGAAAAGCAGCACUAGUAGGUUUGUGCUGGUUUUGAGGUAGGUAACACCUUUUUAUUACAGGUUUCACAUGCCUUCUACACAAUGGCCAGUACGGAUCUAAGAGCCAGCUGAAAAAGUUAGGAGCCAGGUUUUUUUUUUUUUUUUAAACGAACAGUUUCAUUAAAAAAAAAAAAAAAAAUACAAUUCUUAAAGGGACACUAUAGUUACCAGACCCACUACAGCUUAAUGAAGUAGUUCUGGUGUCUGUAACCUGUCCCUGCAGGCUUUUCAGUGUAAACACAGCCUUUUCAGAGAAAAAGCAGUGUUUACAUUGCUGCCUAGCAACACCCCUAGUGACAGUCUCUCAGACAGCCUUUAGAGGUGAUUCCUGGUCCAGUGCUGCACAGUUUUGCAUGUGCGUGCUGAAUAUUCCCCAUAGAGAUGCAAUGAUUCAAUGCAUCCCUAUGAGGAGAUGCUGAUUGGCAUAGCGUGGUGUUUUGCUGCCCCUUUGCAAUAACGCAUUGGCCUAUUGGAAAGCAUUGGCUUGGCUGAUAUCAUCAAGAUUGAUUAUCUCAGCUAUGGCGACACAGGCACGGCAUGGGUAAAAAGGUUAUUUAAAACACCUUUCCAAUGUGAUCAGUGGUGGGGGGGGGAUGGUUGCAGGUCACCUUGACAGACGCAUUCACAGACAGACAGACACACAAACACUGGCACCGGCCAGAACAGCAGGAAGAUUACAGCUCCAUCUUACACCCGUCUCCAUUAUUCCUGGACCCACUGGCCUCCGCUCCUGGAACAUCCAUGUGUCAGGAAAAAAAUCCUAGAAGAAAAUACCUGGCUCUUGGGAUUUGUUAAGCCCCGCAAUAGGACAUAUAACAUCUAAUAUGGCCCCCCUCUCAAAAGGGGUAAAGUAACAUUUGAAAUAUACGUUUACAUCCCAUAGCUUUAUCCCUUAGAUCAUAUUUAAAUAGUUUAUGAUAUGCACCUCCUUAAAUAUACUCACAGACAUCCCACAGUUUUUAUAAGCUGAAAGAUAUAAAAUAUGCACUCAAAGAGACUCUCAAGAAGAUAAGACUAUAUUAUUAAUGUGUGUGUGUGUAUAUUGUGUGUGUGUGUGUAUGUGUGUAUAUAUUUAUAUGUUAUAAUAUAGUUAAAGUGUCCAUGUUCUGAUUAGAUUACCCCAUAUUCACAUUUCAAGGGGUUUAAAUAGAUAAUAAACUCACAUUUAUUUCAGCCCUAGGAGAUUCUCUUCACUGUAGACCCGAUAUAAAUCCUGUGAUGUCAUCAUUACUUACAUCAUGUGUUCAAUCAGAUCCUUACUGAUGUCAUGAGGUCCCAUAGAUUGUCUUGUUAAUAUUUUAUAACUUAUCUGCUUAAAGGGACACUCCAGGCACCCAGACCACUUCUGCCCAUUGGAGUGGUCUGGGUGCCAACUCCCACCACCCUAAACCCUGCAAGUGUAAUUAUUGCAUUUUUUUAAACUGCAAUAAUUACCUUGCAUGGUUAAGUCCUCCUCUAGUGGCUUAGAACACGAAAAGUGUUUUAAACGGCGCUGCACGUCCUCGCGCUAUGUGAGGACCUCCAGCGUUGCCGAAAUCCACUUACAUAGUUACAUAGCUGAAAAGAGACUUGAGUCCAUCAAGUUCAGCCUUCCUCACAUAUGUUUUUGCUGUUGAUCCAAAAGAAGGCAAAAAACCCAGUCUGAAGCGCUUCCAAUUUUGCAACAAACUAGGAAAAAAUUCCUUCUUGACCCCAAAAUAGCAGUCAGAUAUCUCCUUGGAUCAAACAACUAUUACCCCAUUAAUUAGAAAUUAUAUCCCUGUAUGUUAUGUUUUUGCAAGUAUUUAUCCAAUUGCAGUUUAACCCCUUAAGGACGGAGCCAAAUGUACAUGUUGUGAAUAGAGAUGUCGCGAACUGCUCGCCGAACUGUUCGUGAACUGUCCGCCGGCGAACAAUAGCGUGUUCGCGUUGGACGAACAUAUGCGAUUUCCAGUCCGCCCUCUAUUCGUUAUCAUUGAGUACACUUUGACCCGGAACCUCACAGUCAGCAGACACAUUCCAGCCAAUCAGCAGCAGACCCUCCCUCCCAGGAAGUGUCUGCUGACUGUGAGGUUCUGGGUCAAAGUGUACUCAAUGAUGACGAAUAGGGGGCGGACCGGAAAUCACAUAUGUUCGCCUAACGCGAACACGCUAUUGUUCGCCGGCGGACAGUUUGCGAACAGUUCGCGAGCAGUUCGCGACAUCUCUAGUUGUGAACAAAACAAAACGUAAACAAAACCUGGCAUUUGCGCUACAUGUCUGUCCAACUGUAAUUCACCUCUUUCAUAUUAAAUGCACCCACACUUAUUAUAUAUCAUUUUAUUCAGGGGAAACAGGGCUUUCAUUUAAUAUCAAAUAUUUAGCUAUGAAACAUAAUUUAAUAUGAAAAAAUGGGAGAAAAUAAGAAAUGUUAUUUUUUUUAGUUCUACAUGACAUUUUAACUGUCAAUGUCAUAAUACUGUUUGCUUUUACUGCAAUAAAAUACACAUAUUUGUAUUCAGCAAAGUCUCACGUGUAAAACAGUACCCACUAUGUACAGGUUUUAUGGCGUUUUGGGAAGUUACAGGGUCAAAUAUAGCACGUUACAUUUGAAAUUUAAAUUCGCCAGAUUGGUUACGUUGCAUUUGGGACUUUAUAGUAGCCCAGGAAUGAAAUUUACACCCAUAAUGGCAUACCAUUUGCAAAAGUAGAUAACCCAAGGUAUUGCAAAUGGGGUAUGUCCAGUCUUUUCUAGUAGCCAUUUGGUCACAAACACUGGCCAAAGUUAGCGUUAGUAUUUGUUUGUGUGAAAAAUGCAAAAAAAGCCAAUUUUGGCCAGUGUUUGUGACUAAGUGGCUACUAAAAAAGACUGGACAUACCCCGUUUGCAAUACCUUGGGUUGUCUACUAUUGCAAAUGGUAUGCCAUCAUAGGGGUAAUUUUCAUUCUUGGGCUACCAUAGGGUCUCAAAGGCAACGUAACCAAUCUGGCGAAUUUUAAUGUGAAAAAAAUGAAACACAAGCCUUAUAUUUGACGCUGUAACUUUUGAAAACACCAUAAAACCUGUACAUGAGGGGUACUGUUGUACUCGGGAGACUUCGCUGAACACAAAUAUUUGUGUUUCAAAACAGUAAAAAGUAUCACAGCAAUAAUAUUGUCUGUGUAAGUGCUGUUUGUGUGUGAAAAAUGCGAUAUCAUCGUUGCAAUACAUUUUACUGUUUUGAAACACUAAUAUUUGUGUUCAGCGAAGUCUCCCGAGUAAAACCGUGCCCCCCAUGUAAAGGUUUAUAUAUAUAUAUAUAUAUAUAUAUAUAUAUAUAUAUAUAUAUAUAUAUAUAUAUAUAUAUAUAUAUAUAUAUAUAUAUAUAUAUAUAUAUACAUUUUUUUAAUUUUUUUAUUUAUAGAUAGGUAUAUAUAGUGAUAUAUACGUAUAUAUUAUUUCGUUCUACGUGUAUUUUGAUAUAAAUAUAUAUAUAUUAAUAUGACAAUACAGUUAGAAUGAAAUAACACACAUCUAUAUGUUUUUUAAUUAUUUUUUUUUUAUUAUUUUUUUAUUUUUUAUUUUUAACAAAAACGGAGGGCGUACUGUUAUGCCCUGCGGCGUUUAGAGCUGCUUAGAAUAGGGCGUAAUAGUACGCCCUCCGGUUUUAAGGGGUUAAACAUCUGUAUAGACUCUGACAAAACCACCUCUUCAGGCAAAGAAUUCCAUAUCCUUAUUGCUCUUACUGUAAAAAAACAUCUUUGCCUUAGAUGAAAUCUUCUUUCUUCAAGCCUACAUGUGUGACCUUGUGUCUUAUAUAGCCCUGUUUAUGAAUAGAUUUCCAGAUAAUGGUUUGUACUGGCCCCGAAUAUAUUUGUAUAAUGUUAUCAUAUCCCCUCUCUGGUGCCGUUUUUCCAAACUAAAGAGAUUUACAUUUUUUAACCUUUCUUCGUAACUAAAAUGCUCCAUUCCUUUUAUCAAUUUUGUAGCUCGUCUCUGCACUUUUUCUAGUGCCAUGAUAUCUUUCCUUAGAAUAAUGCUUUCCUAUGGGGAGGUCUAAUGCGCAAGCGGCCAUUGCCGCGCAUUAGUAUUUCCCCGCUGGCUGACAUCGGUGGGGGAGGAGAAUAGGCGGGGCCUGACCCAGCUUUGAGGAACAUCGGCGCUGGACUCCGGUAAGUCACUGAAGGGGUUUUAACCCCUUCAACAACUUGGGAUGGGGGGUGGGAGGGAAAGGGGCACUGCAGGGUCCUGUAGUGCCAGAAAAACGAAUAUGUUUUCCUGGCACUGGAGAGUGCCUUUAAAGUUUAGAUUUAGGAUAACUCUCUCAGAUGGUGCAUCAGAAGUGAGGGAAUGGGUAGUUAGUCUAGGUAAAAUCUGACACAAUAUGUUUUAAUGCAUUAUAUAUAUAUAUAUAUAUAUAUAUAUAUAUAACAAUGGCAACAUUUUAAAUUAAAAAAUGUUUUUUUACCUUGUAAACCUAUCCCUCGGUACACUACAACAAGACCUCUCUCCCACACCAGGAUGAGAUGCUCCAAUCAGGAGUGAUAACAGUUAUGGCACAAUUUAAACACCGUGCUUUAUUUUAGUAUCUGCUGGGAUACUGAUCGCGACUAAGAGAGAGCCUUCCUAACUGCACACGUACAAUAAGGACAAUAUUUAUAGUGGUAACCUGGAAGUAAGUUCUCCAGGCUGUAUGAUUCACAGCCUAUUGGGCUGUCUUAUAGCAGUUUUCAAAAUCAUUGCCCAUAGCCCAUUUACUCUGAAAUAAUGUGCUUAUGGUAUAACAUCUGUAUAUUGUGAUGUUUGUUGUUUUAGGCUCUUAAGAUAUUUUAUGCCAUAUAAAUAGUUAUUUCACAGCCUGUUGGUUUUGUGUGUUUCUUCCAGCUUUAUGUGGUCGUUUGAGAAGAUCCACCGUAGCAUGGCUCACAUCUUCCAGGGAGAGCUGGUCUCUAGCUUUGAUGAAGAAUUUCGGAUUCUUUUUGCCCAGUCUGAUCCUCUCAUCCCCCCAGAGAAUGCUUUGGCUAAGAUGGAGAAACCGUAUAUGGGAAUGGUCCCCUUUGCUGGUCCUCGACCCAUGUACGAUCGGAAACUGCACUUCAUGUACCCCAGGGAUGACAGCUCUCAGAACUCUUUCCCAAACUUUGGGGUAGACCCUGAUCGACACUUUUUGCAACCUUUUAGAAGAGAAGAAAUGAUGAGGCAUAACAUGGAAAAUUCUGGUAUGAGGAUGUAUGGCAAGAACCAGAUGGAGAUGGAGAAAACUCAGAUGUCCUUUAUGCACAAACAAAUGGAAAUUGAUGCAUUUAAAAGACACAGUUUUGCAGAAGGCACCUUUGAGAAUUAUUCUGCUUCCAAACAAUAUACUAGGCAAAUGUUUAUGAACAACAACGAUGAGUACCGAUUCCAGUCCAGUCAGUUCCAAAAGAGCCAAUUCAUGCAAGUUGAACGCCCUUUCAGCCCUGCUCGAACACAGGGGCUUUUUGAAAAGAUUCGAGGAAAUAGGCAAGGUAUGCAAGAUAUGGAAGAGACUGACUCCAGAUAUUCUCAAAAGGCCUUACCAGGAGAGAGUAAUUUUGCCCUUGAAGGCCCUUACACAAGACUUGGUUAUAACCCCUCUAGCUCUUCUCGUGAGGUGAGACAUGGCUCAGACCAAGUCAUGAAUAGUAUGGAUGGAAAAUUUGGCCAACGGUCACAGGUCCGUCAGAAAUAUGUGUGUCAGAUGUCUCCUACACAAAAGCAAAGUAUUGAACAAAGACACUUCUUUCAGGACCAAGAUGCAGAUAAAAAGCCUCAAGAAAAUAAGCAAGGAAUGCGCAGUUGGAGGAUCUCCUCUUACCUGAGUGGAAUUCAGCCUGACCAAGAUGAAGAGGGUUUACCUAUGGCAAUAGACUCUGAUGCAAAUGAUGAUGCGCUUGUACCCAUUGAAAGGCCUGUGCCCCAAAAUGAGUCUGUAUUAAAAUUUACCAUUGAUCCAAUCCCACCUUUCAAGCCUUCAGCAAUUUUUAAUAAUCCAGCUAUGGAAGUGGAUAACAUCAAAGAUGCCAGCGUUGCAGAAAAAGAAGAUAGCUUUUUAUCGAGACAUGAUUCUUUCAGAUCAAGGACUAAUCCAUUGAUCCAGAGGAGUUCUCGUCUCAGGUCUUCCCUGAUCUUCAGCAGCUCCAAGUUGGAACAGCACAGUUCCACUACGGAGACUUCACAAAUUCUUCAGAAAGAGCACCGAGCAAGCGAAGUGAUUCAGGAAAAUGAAAUUACAAAAACCUCUUCAAAGGUGGCUGAACUCUUGGAAAGGUAUAAGAGUGUGAACAAAGACACAGAAAGCACAACGGUGACACAAACUAAGGCAGCUUCUAGAGUUAUUCAUGAAGAAACAGAGGAGGGACAGAAGAAAAGCACAGAAACUGUGGCGUACAAGGCACUUGAAUCCAAGUUGCUGGAAAAGGAUUCAAUUAGCAGUACAAUUCUUGAAUCACAGUAUCGUUCCUCAGUGACCUCUCACUUCCAGGACCUUUUUAACAAAGAUAGGCAGGUUAGCUCUGUCACAAAGAUUGAACAGAAGGCUGCAAGCUUUAAAACUAUAGAAAGUAGCAAGCCUUUUCCAGAUAAGAAAGAAAGUGUGCCAUCUAUCACAGAAAUUGCAGAAACACCAAAGCCAGAUGCAGACAAGCAGAAACCAACAAGCAGGCCAAACUCUGGACUUUCCUUUGGAAAUGCUUUGGAAAUGAUGUCACAAAAUCCAACAAGUAUCAGUUCUGUAAAUAAAUCAGAAGAGGAAAUAGCAAAGUUGGAGCAGAACCCUAUAGAAUUUAUUCGCAGAGGGUCCAUGAAGCUAAAACAGUUUUUGCAGUCAAAGGCUGAUAAAAAGUUAGAAGAGGACUCCUCUUCAGAUGCAGUGAAGAUGGAGAAACAGAACAUUGCUCUGAGACGUCAUUCUAAAGCAGAAAUAACAGAGCCAAUGAUGAUGGAAAAUGAGGAAAAGACCACUAAACAAGUUUCUGUGUCUCCACCAAAGCCUGCUCCUGCUCCUGCUCCUCAGAGCAGAUUGUCCUCUUCAACUUCAAAUGUUAUCUUUAGUAGUAACCUCCGUGAUGACACCAAGGUUAUUUUGGAGCAGAUAUCUGCUAAUAGUCAAAAAAACCGGGCUGAGAUGGCGAAACAAACACAGCAAGCUCUAUCCUCCAACACGUCAGAAACAAACAGUACUAGUUCCAACUCGUCUGAAAGCAAAGUUGAAGAAGUUGCCAAUGCAGAUUCAUCGGCCAUCAACAGGACUGGUAGUUUUCUUAGCCGAAGUCGUUUCUCUAGGCCCUCUGCGACUUCUCCCGAGGACAGAGAUAACCUAUUGAGACGCAUGGAAAGCAUAAGGAAAGAGAAAAGAGUCUACAGUAGGUUUGAAGUCUUCUGCAAAAAGGAAGAACAACAAAGCCCCACUGAAGAAAAUGAUGAUUCUGAUUCCAAAGAUAAGAAAGGUGGCAAAUUAGUACCUAGGCUUUUUGGGUCAUUGAUGAAUAAAAAAUGA